UAUACUAACUAUAAUUUAAAAUGAACUAUUUCUUUCCAGGGAGUCUCAUUCAUCGGUUGGCACCAGAGGACCCGCCUGGAGCGGGCGUUGAUGGUGAUAGCUGCCGUACUCUUCGUGGCUGUACUACUGACCGUCACCCUGUUGCUGACGAUGAGGGGACCCAGCUACCUGCCCGUGCCACCCUGCUACCAGCCUGAGAGCAAAGACCAAGCGGUGUGCCUCAAGGGCUCCUGUAUCUACACAGCGAGCGAGGUGAUCAGGGCUCUGGAUGAGACCCAGGAUCCUUGUGAAGACUUCUACGAGUUUGCUUGUGGUGGUUGGAUCAAGAACAACCCUAUUCCUGAAGGAAAGUCCAGCUGGGGCAUCUUUAGCAAGAUUGAGCUGCAGAACCAGUUGAUCAUCAGAUAUGCUCUUGAAAAAGUGAACAUCUCAAAUACCAACGACGCGGAAGCUAAAGCCAGAAUCUACUAUGACGCCUGUAUAGACGCGAAUGAGACCAUUGAGAAACUAGGAGAGGCACCGUUAUUAGCUGUCAUUAAGAAGCUGGGUGGAUGGCAUAUACUGCCUAGUACCAUGUCUAAACAACCUUGGGAUCUGCAGACAUUGGUUCAGCAUGUACAGAACACAUACAACCUGGGCGGUUUAUUCAACUGGGCUGUUACUGAAGAUGACAGGAAUUCAUCUAAACAUGUCAUUGUGCUCGACCAAGGAGGUCUAAAUCUCCCAACUAGAGACAACUACCUCAAUAGAACAGCGCAUAAAAAAGUCUUAGACGCAUACUUAGACUACAUGACGCGCAUAUGCGUCCUCUUAGGAGCGAAUAAAACGGAAUCAAGAGCGCAGAUGAAUAAAGUAAUACUUUUUGAAACUGAGCUAGCUAAUAUAACUACCCCCUCUGAGGACAGGAGGGAUGAGGAGGGCCUAUAUAAUCCGUAUACUAUCAGGCAGUGGCAGAAAGAGGUGCCAUUCAUGAAUUGGACCAUGUUCUUCAAUGAUGCUUUCAAAUUGGUUAAUAGGACUAUACCGGACACGGAAAGAAUAGUAGUGUAUGCGCCAGAAUACUUCAAGAAUCUCACCAAGGUCAUUAAGAAAUACAGCAAAACUGAAGAAGACCAAAGAACCCUAACAAGUUACAUGAUGUGGCAAGUAUCCCGGUCCCUCUCGACGUACCUCUCCAAGUCCUUCCGUGAUGCCACCAAGAUCCUGAGGAAGGCACUCUUUGGUUCAGAGGGCACUGAGGAGUCCUGGCGAUACUGUGUUACUGAUACUAAUAAUGCUGUUGGUUUCGCAGUAGGAGCAAUGUUUGUCCGAGAGGUGUUCCACGGAGAAGCGAAGACUCAAGGCGAGAUAAUGAUCAACAACAUACGCAACGCAUUCAAAAGAAACCUUAAGAACCUGGAUUGGAUGGACGCGGAGACCAGAAAAGAUGCGGAAAUUAAAGCUGAUGCUAUCACUGACAUGAUUGGUUUCCCCGACUACAUUCUCCACAAGGAUGAGCUAGACAAGCAAUAUGAAGAACUAGAAGUCAAACCCAACGAGUAUUUUGAGAACAACAUUGCUUUCAAUGUCUUCAGCCUGAAAAAUGAUCUGAAUAAAUUAGACAAGCCUGUAAACAAGACUAAAUGGGGCAUGACACCAUCAACAGUGAACGCGUACUACACACCCACAAAGAACCAGAUUGUGUUCCCGGCUGGUAUACUUCAGCUACCAUUCUAUGAUGGAGAUAACCCUAAGGGAGUCAACUAUGGUGCCAUGGGGGUUGUGAUGGGACACGAACUGACUCAUGCUUUUGAUGACCAGGGAAGGGAGUAUGACAGGUAUGGUAAUCUGAACCAAUGGUGGAACAAUGCGACCAUAGCGAGGUUCAAGAGGCGCGCCAAAUGCUUCCAGGAACAAUACUCUAAUUACUCGGUAGAUGGUGUGCGGCUGAAUGGAAAACAGACUCUUGGUGAGAAUAUAGCUGACAACGGUGGUCUGAAGGCAUCGUUCCACGCGUAUCUGGACUACAGCAGGACUGCAAAAGUUAACCUCACGCUACCAGGACUAAAAUAUAAUGACCGGCAAUUGUUCUUCAUCUCUUUUGCUCAGGUAUGGUGUUCAGCAAUGACCAAAGAAUCUACAAAGAUGCAAAUUGAGAAGGAUGACCAUACGACCGCCAAAUACCGGGUCAUAGGACCUAUAGCAAAUUUGAAGGAGUUUUCUGAAGAGUUCAACUGCCCUAUAGGGUCCAAAAUGAACCCUAGAGAUAAAUGCGAAGUAUGGUAA